GUCUACGAACUUCCACAACAUAAUGAGAAGAGCUGAUAUUAUACAUUGCUGUUCUAUCUGAUCUGGACACUUCCUUGAGCUGAAGUCCUAUUUGAGGAAUGGACACAUAAUAAACCCCUACAUCUACUUUUUAUUCAAGAGAAGGUCCACAGAUCACAGCUGGAAAACACCAGGACCCCCAGGUGUAAAGGACAGAGCUUGUAACAAUGACUGGCACAAGGUGAUAUGGAGGAGUGCUCUGUCCACCCCCUAUUACCAAAAUUAAAAACACACACCUGAUUUUCAUGUGGGGGCAGAAGGGGGAACAUAUUUUCUCGCAGUCGUUUUUAUGUUUACUAGGAACAUGUUCUACUGUACGACAAAAGGCUAUAAAAUCAUUUUGGUUAUUUCACUGAUUGUUGUUCUAAAGUUAAGUUUCAACUACCAUCGAAUAUUAUUCCAGUCUUGCAAACCUCAAAUUCUUCAAAUAUCAUAUUCAGAAAACAAUGUUACAUUGAGAGACUCUUAUGAAUCCAAUACAAAAUAUAUUUCUGAGGAGAAGGACAUGGAAAUAAACCAGAUUUUUGAUACCAUAAGUAACAGUAUUUCGAGUGUCCCUUUCAGACAUUUAAAUCUAACAACAAGUGCAAAAAUGAGCAGAGCAAAGAUAUUAUCUGACAGACAACAGUAUUGCAAUGGAGAUUCUUUAACUGUCCGUGUUGAUAUGUUCAAUUAUUUGGGCCAAAGGAAGACAUAUGGAGGAGAUUUCUUAACAGCACGGAUCUAUUCCACCGAUCUUGGAGCUGCAGCUUCCGGAAGGGUUGAAGAUUUCAAUAAUGGAUCCUAUAACAUCCAUUUCAUUCUAUCUUGGGAAGGGAAUGUGAAAAUAUCAGUUAUUUUGUAUCAUCCAAGUGAGGGUGUGUCUGCUUUAUGGAGAGCUCGGAAUGCGGGAUAUAAAAAUAUUAUUUUCACUGGAAAUUUUCUCUAUAAAACUCAGGAGAUUGAGAAAGUUUGUGGAUUUUAUUUAGAAUCACAACAGGAAAAAUGUGUUUAUGCAGAUAAAAGAGAUGGUGAAUUUUUCUACUGCAUCAAACCUCCAAAUGUACCAUGUGAAGCACUAAUUUCAAUGAGGGCCAACAACCAUCAUCAUUCAUAUCUUACCAAAUCAGAAAAGACUAUUUUUACCAGGUCAAAUAUUGGGGUAGAAAUUCCCAGAGACCCUGGAAGCAUUGCUGUAACAAAUUGCCAAAGAAACUUUACGGACAUGAAACCAAAAUGUAGAAUUGGGAUGCCUUUGCCAUAUCCAAGUGGAUAUUUUUUAAAUAAUUUAUGGCACUCAAACGUCUGCAAACUUUCUUCUUUUGAACCUUUGUCUCAAAUCAAUGAGUGUUUGACUGGGAAGUUGAUAUACCUUAUGGGAGAUUCAACACUUCGUCAGUGGAUUGAAUACUUCCAAACACAUAUGAAGAGCCUCAAGUUUUUUAAUCUUCCUGGACAUGGUAUACAUAAAAGAUAUUUAGCUCUGGACAUGGAUAGGAAUAUAUAUAUUCAGUGGAAGAAGCAUGGUCAUCCAUUUGUCAGCCCAGGUAUCUACUCUGUCAAAGACUGUGCUUACAUCGCCCGUGAAAUUGAUGGACUUCCUGGGAGUCCAAACACAAUCAUUGUUAUUACACUUGGACAACAUUUCAGAGGUUUCCCUCUACGUUUGUUCAUCAGAAGACUACUCAGUGUGCGAAAGGCCAUUGAACGUAUUUUUCAACGAAGUCCUGAAACCAAGAUCUUCAUCAAAGUAGAGAAUUCAAGGGAAGUAAACACAGAUGUAGAACGAAUUAGUGAUUUUCAUGGCUAUAUCCAAUAUCUUGCAUUCAAAGAUUUAUUUAAAAGACUUAAUGUUGGAAUAAUUGAUGCUUGGGAAAUGACACAAGCCUUUGCUUCUUACAAUCUUCAUCCUCCAGAGACUGUCACUAGGAACCAAAUCAACAUGUUCUUGUCAUAUAUAUGUUAACUUGUUAUUGAAUGGUGAUUUAAUGUUAUUAAAAAAAAAAUAUGAUUUUUGUGGACAUUCAUAAACAGUUACA